AUGUGGAAAUUCUUAAUGCUCAUCAAUUUGAAUUCCAAAAAUUGAUACCUAAGGCCAAUGAGUCUAAUUCACAAUAAGAAGCCUUGCCGCGAUGUCAGGCUCUGUGGUCUCUUUAGUAUCCAGCCUAGACAAAAGUUAGAAGUUGGUCAAGAAUUCUACAUGCUUGAAGCAACGAAGAUGAGAAAUAUCAUCAGGACUGAGAAAAAAAGAGUUUUCAAGGCUUUCCUAUACAGCGCCGUGCACAGGGUCCAAAUCUAUCAGGUCUUAUUUGAGCGCGAUUAA